AAACAGCAGGAGUGUCAGAACUCAGUCGUAUCUGGACGUGUUCAGCUCCUGAGUUCAGUCUAUUUGACCCCGUGACUUCACACAGGACGGGUCACUUAGUACUACGGCUGCUUCCAGAUCAGUUGUGCUCUGACUCCAUAACUUUGUCUGAGAAACAACUGCAACCUGAGCGGAGGCAGCGGGACUGUGUACAGACUCAGGCUGAUCUCUGCGAGGUGAAAGGCAGGUGAACUGAAGGCGCAGGUGUUCGGCUCAGGUGUUGGUCCUGCGGGAAAAUGAGCGUGGAAAGGCCAUCAGAGCCAGUCUGCUUCCGCCCCAGAGGAACCUCUGAGGUGUCCCUGCAUGAACGCUUCUCUAGAGUCCUGGUGGAACAGGAGACCUGCUCGAGGUUAGCGACCUUUGACCCCAUCCUGUUGCAGCACACGAGGAUGCCCACUUCCCCACCUGUAGUGCUGCUGUUGAAGACAGUGCCGUUAUCUCUGCUUCAUCAUCAGGCUCCUGUCAGCUCCAGUAGGGCGGAGCUUCAUCACCUGAGCAGGAGGAGGAGCGUCUGGACUCGACUCGGCUGGCAGCAGGUGACCCGCCGCCUGUCGACCUCCAGGCCACGGGGCUUCUGGAGCUUCAUGAACAAAUACAGUUGGAGAGGCAUGGUCACCUCCACCUGCAGGAGAAGUCUGCGCAGUCGACUCGGCCAUCUCCGCUUCCUGAGACCAGCGAGCGUCGGUACACAGGCUUCAGGACGAAGAUGGCGCAGGCUAACGCUGAAGAAGGGUGGAGCCACUGCCCUGAAGAGGCCUGGCACCCGCAGAAAGAAGGUCGCGAUGAAGAAGCAGCUGGAUGCUGAGCUGGAUGAAUACAUGUCGCUGUCCCGGCACCGACUGGACAAACAGCUGGAUGACUACAUGUCCAUGUCCCGGAGCCGACUGGAUGCUGAGCUGGACGAGUACAUGUCGAUGGCGGGACAGUCGCAGAAGCUGUGGGACUGAGACGCUGAGGGGCGGGACUUAACGAGGUUUGUUUUUUACGUUGGAACCGCCUCUCCAGCUGUAGAUUUUUUUUAUUUGGUGACUGAAAGCAGCGGCUCUGCACUGUUACAGUUUAAUUUGGCCAACUGAACCUCAGCUCUCAGGCUGCUGGUUAGUUCCUGCUCUCAGGUGCCUAAAGUUGUAAAUUUUAUUUUAUUUUUUUUCCUUCUUUUAAAACCAGAGUGCUGUUUUCCGUUGGUUUGUAUGCUUCCCUGAAGUGGUUGUGUGUCCUUCACGGACCCCUCUGUGUGUUGGAACUCCUUUUAAAUGGGUUGGUUUGUGUUUCUGAGGAUUUUGUUC